GAUGAGGCUCCGCCCCCUGCUGCUGCUGAGGAGAGCAGCCUGCUUCAAACAGCCAGGUAGAGCCAGACACCUCCACCAGCACCUCUGCUCCGCUCCUCAGGAGUCUACGGCAACGUCAGAGCCAAGAUGGGGCGUAAGGAGAUCAUCUGCAGCUGGAAGAAAAGCAUCAGUAACAUUAAAGAUGUCUUUGACUUCAAGGGGAAGAUGGGAUCGGGCUCUUUUUCCGAGGUUUUUAUGGUGAGAGAGAAGAACACAGGGAAACUGUACGCUCUGAAAUGUCUGAAGAAAAAACACCUCGCUCAUAGCAACCUGGAAAAUGAAAUCAAUGUACUGAGGAGGAUAAAGCAUGAGAAUGUGGUGGGACUGGAGGAUUUCUACGAGAGUCGAACACACUAUUACCUGGUCAUGCAACUGGUGUCAGGUGGGGAGCUAUUUGAUCGCAUUUUAGACAAGGGUGUUUUCACCGAGAAGGACGCCAGCACAGUGAUCAAACAGGUGCUGCAGGCUGUCAGCUACCUGCACGAAAACAGCAUCGUACACAGGGACCUGAAGCCUGAAAACCUGCUGUACUAUAACACAGAUGAGAAUGCUAAGAUCAUGGUCAGUGACUUUGGUCUGUCUAAGACACUGGAGCAUGGUGUGAUGUCCACUGCCUGUGGUACACCAGGAUAUGUUGCCCCAGAGGUUUUGGCCCAGAAACCCUACAGCAAAACAGUGGACUGCUGGUCCAUUGGAGUUAUCACUUAUAUCCUGCUGAGUGGCUACCCUCCAUUCUUUGAAGAUAAUGAGACUCGUCUGUUUUCAAAGAUCAUGAGAGCAGAGUACGCCUUUCAUUCACCAUUCUGGGACGACAUCUCUGAGUCAGCCAAAGACUUUAUCAGGCAUAUGAUGGAGAAAAACCCCACAAAACGAUUCACCACCGAACAGGCACUCAGACACCCCUGGAUUGCUGAAGACACAGCUAAAGACGUGGACAUUUAUCAGUCUAUCUGUGAACAGAUGGAGAGAAACUUUGCCAAAUCAAGAUGGAAGCAAGCAUUCAACGCAGCCUCCGCCAUCAACCACAUGAAGAAACUGCAGUUGUCCCACAGUGAGCCAUCCCCCUCGCCCCUCUCUUUGCCCAACAUCACGGUGCAGUCCUCCUCCCAGAAUGACCUGGAGGUGCUGGGACCCUGCCACGAUGAGGCUCACACCCUGGACCCCAACGGAAAUCCCGUCCAUGUCGCCAGUCAUGUCUCCUGCAGUAACCCUGAACCUGACAGGAGUCUCUGUCCACCACUAAGAGGUCACAGUGAGCCUGGCCACACCCUCGCCAUCAAGGAGCCAAGAGAAGUCCAGUCCUUCCGUUCAGAGAGUGAUGCUCAUUUCAGGCCAUCCAAGAGCCUGGAUGCUGUGGCACAGAGGAAGGACCAACCACUUCAGUCUGGAGUCUGUUCUGUCAUGUGAUUGGCCGGAUAACCUGAGAUGAAUCUGGUGCAGUUGUUCUCUUUGAGUCCAUGGCACUCUGCAACAUUCUCCUUGAUAUGACGGUGUCGACACACCUGCUGCUCAACUUUUUCGUGUCUGUUGUGGUUCUCCGCUGCAGUAAACAUGUUCCAUAGACAGACACAUACAGUAUUGAUACUGUAAAAAACACUUUAAUGUGGACUGGAAUGGCUGUUGAUCAUCCAGUGAACACCACAUUUAAACAGACGUGAGCAGGAAUUCAUACAAAAUGCUUUUACGCUGAUGACAUUUACUUUCUCAAAGCUAUUAUUGUAUUAUAGUAGAUUAUUAUAUCUACUGUAUAUUAAUGUUAACAUGUUAAGAAAGAAACCAAUAAAAAUGUAUUUGUUUUGAAUAGAUUUAGGUGACAUAUGCAAUGUGUAUUUGACUGACUGAAUACUUUGAAUUCUGAUGGUUAUAAGACUUAUUUUGAAACAUCAGUCAUGUCAUUCAUAUCCAUUGUAUGUCUUUAUCAAGAUACUGUGUUUAUAUUCAGUUGGGCGCUAUAACAGAAUGUACCUGUACCUGUAGAGUUUGGACUGUUUUGAACCUUGCAGGCCAUUUUUUGGACACGUAUUAAUAUUUUUCCAUUUAUGCUAUUCUGGAUUACAUUGAUGCAUUAUAAAUCCAAUUUCCACUUGCACAAGGAUGAUGGAUGGAAAACGUUCUUUCAUUUAUGAGAUUAAACUUCAUGUUGAGGUGGAGUCACUGAUACACAGUAACUGGGUGUUUUCUGUGUUUUCUGUGAUAUGUAUAUAAGCUGCUCUCUUGUUAAACAACUCAUUAAGUGCCACAAGCCGGUUUAAGGAUGCUGUUAAAACUAGUGAUGUCAUGGAUCAUACUGAACUCACAAAUGUAGUUACCUACGUGUUUUUUUUGUAUUAUUAUUU